AUGGUUUGGACCAAGUAUCUCCUGACUCUGGUCCUGGCCGCCUCAGUCUCGCGGUUGGGAAUAUCGAGAGCUGUUCACGCAAGCACUCCGUCUUGUGCGGAUGAGUUCUGCAGCAAUGGCGCAUCACACGAUCUUCCUUCAGAUCUUCUUCCUCGGCUUGACAGGUUCCAAGACCAUGAUCUCAGUGGCAUCACAACUCACUGGUCUCGACGAGAGCACCAGUCGCUCCCAAGAGUUGCGGCUCUUGCUCUCCCCAAAGAGCCCGAGCCGGUAGCGCCCAAGCCAGUUUCGCCAGCGACUGGACCAAGCCACCUGGACGGUCCAUCCACAGAACCCGCAAGUAAUCCUGCCGCAGGACUUGACCCGACUAAGCCCAAAGUCUCCGAAGAACCAAGCGCGAGCCCGACUUCAGUGCCAAGCCAAACCCCAAGUCCGUCCAUUGAACCUGAUCCCAACCAUAGUGUUCUACAGCCAGUAUCUGCUGAUGAUCCUUUUACUCCUGUGCCGCAGCCCACGACGGUGUCGGAUGCCGCUGGAUGUGGCCUGAAGCGCUCAGACGGGCCUUGCCCAGGGCCUUCUGACAAUAUUGGCGAUGAUGUGCCUGGUCAAGCCCCAGACGCCGUUGCUGCCACACGAGCAGGUCGCCCUGUGGAUGAUGAUGCUGUCGCAUAUGACUAUUUGCUUGAGGUCCAGAGUGAACGCGGCACAGGCUUGGUCAACGACAAGCUGGCAAAUUUGCAGAGCAGGAUUGCCACUGAUGCCCCCGAUGAUCCGGUACGAACCGACGAGAUCAAUAACAACUUUGUCUUCGGCUCGACAGUUCCCCUCGUGCCAGUAAAAUUAGGCGAUGAAGCCCCGCAGCCAUUCGAGUUCGAUGAUGUGUUCAACUUUGCUCUGGACCAUGGACAAUUUCCACCUUUAUUGUCGCAAGCUGGCGUGACGCUAAGUGACACCAGGGGCUUCAGAGAAGCUCUGACAUCGAACGGUGCGACACAGCCAACUCUGAAGUGGUCAUGGUCAGGAGAUCAGAAGGUGGCAUUUACAGACUGGAGCUACAAGAAGAAGGACACCAGUGCCAUGUCACCGAAAGCACAUUACACCGAAUUGACGAUGGCUCUGUUCAAGGCCAAAGGCGUGGAUACUUCAAAGAUAGAUGCGAUCGCCCAAACAAGAAUCGCCAACACAUCAACUGAGAAGACGAUUGACUCGAUAUUCGAAAGCUUUGGUAUGCCGAGGAAGUUCGGAAAUCCAAACAACAACGUGGUCGUCCUCCGGCGAUCAGACACCGACCCAGCCAAAAAAGAAGCGUUCGAUGCCUAUUUCAGGACUGCGAAUGGGAAAGGGACCGUGAACCUGUUGGCCUUCCAUGCCAAUGACUGGGGCUCCAGAAGCCCCGACAUUCUGUUCUGCAAAGAGCUGGCUUCGGUAGUGCAAGCUAUAACUCGGUUGUCACCCUUGCAUAGAGGCGCACAGUUCUUGACGUUGGCUAAUGUACCGAAACUGGCAGCACGAGCUGGAGGUGAAACGGUAGGGUGGGGGGAUCGUUUGCGUAAUCUUUUGUCUGUGCUUUAUUCGGUUAUGAAUCCAUACUGUCCAUAUAGUGCGUGA